AUGGUUAGGGCUUCUAUGGGCAGGGCCGGGCAGCGGGCUGCAGAAUGCAGCCCGUUCAUAUUUCGGGCCGGGCAUUGGGCAGGGGUCGAAGAAGAUGGAGUUCUUGAUCCUGAGACUACUAUAUUUCCGUCACCUGUGCAUUAUGCAGGUCCAACUGAAGUACAGUGGCAUGCCAAGGCACGGAUAAAUGCAGGUGCCAACUUCUAUAUUGUAGGUCGUGAUCCUGCUGGAAUGGGUCAUCCAACUGAGAAAAGGGAUUUAUAUGACCCAGAUCAUGGGAAAAAGGUGCUCAGCAUGGCUCCUGGCCUUGAGAAGCUUAAUAUCCUGCCAUUCAAAGUGAGUAAUGGCUCACGGCUUUAUGUUAUUGCUCCUCUCUAUCAAAUAUCUCUUCACAGCACCGUCUUUGAAAUGUUAAUUUCCUCCUUAUUCAGCCUUGUAUGCUUGUUGUAG